GAUAACGUAAUUCAGGUUACGUCACACGUGGGUUUGUUGUCAGACGAUUAUAAAAAUGACGGAUGGAGAACUGAAGUUAAAUGUCUUUUUAAAAGGAACAGAAUCUUACAGAGAUCCAACCGAAAAGACACGGCGGCCAAAGUUAAAGCCAAAUGUGAGAAGAAAAUUAAGAAAAAAUAGAUUGUUCAAUACAUCAUCAAUCAAACAAAAUACAGACAGUGUGAAUGAAAAUGUGGAUAUUACACCGCAACAAGAUAAGGGAAUUGGACAGAAAGAAAAAGUUGAUGACACCGAACAACAUGAGAGUAACAAAAGGAAAGCUUCACAGUCUCAGAUCGAGGCUGAACCUUCAAGCAAGAAGCAGAAAACAGGUCCAAUCAUCUCCUCACUCUUCACCUUCAAUCCACACAUACCACAGGUGGAAAGUGUCUCCAAUGAUCAGAUCAAAGAAGUUCUUUUCUCUUCUAAAUCUUUCAAGGACCUUGGCAUCCAUCCACAUCUGAUCAGCACACUCGAGAAUAAGAUGGGGAUCACACAAAUGACCAGUGUCCAGCAGAAGUCCAUUCCUCACAUAAUGAUUGGUUCUGACACAAUGGUCAAAUCACAGACAGGCUCAGGGAAAACUUUAGCCUUCGCUGUUCCUAUAGUUCAAGCUUUACAAGGAUUAACCCCUAAGGUCAGAAGGGAUGAUGGUCCAUAUGCACUGAUAGUAGUUCCAACUAGAGAGCUGGCUGUACAGUGUCUGAAAACAUUUGAGAAUAUCUUAGCGCCAUUUAGAUGGAUAGUGCCAGGAUAUAUCAUUGGUGGAGAAAAACGGAAAGCAGAAAAAGCCAGAUUGAGAAAGGGUAUCAAUAUCUUGGUGUGUACCCCUGGCCGUCUGAUCGAUCACAUAAGGAGUACAGACUGCCUAAGCCUGCGAAGAGUAAAAUGGCUAGUUUUAGACGAGGCUGACAGGAUGCUGGACAUGGGAUAUGAGAAGGAUGUAGCCCAGAUCAUCAACUCCUUGAACAUGGCCCGAUCAGCUCAAAUAUCACAGGGACUUGUGAAGUCUGAUGUCAGACCAAGGCAGACAGUAUUAUUAUCAGCAACACUAUCAGAAGGUGUAGAGAGAAUGGCAGGAAUCUCUCUGAUGGAUCCUGUCCGAGUGGAUCUGUCUCAGUCAAGCAGCACUACAGAGCCUAACCUGACCAAGUCAGGAGAUACCUCAGAAACAUCGGCAGAUAAUGCGUCCUUCAGUGUACCUGAGAAGCUUAAACAACAUUUCAUCAUCACUCCCUGUAAACUGAGACUGGUCACAUUGGCAGCAUUUAUUGUACAGAAAUGUAAGGUAAAACAGAAGUCAGGUAAGAUGCUGGUAUUCCUACCUACCCAGGAUUCUGUUGAGUUCCACUACUCAAUCUUCCAUCAUUUCUUUGGGGGAGGUAACUCUGUGCCUGAUGUUUUUAGUGACCUUCACCUUGAUCUUGGCAAUAAGAAAGAGGUGGAAAAGGAUGCUUUGGAUUUCUUUCGGCUACACGGAGAAAUGGCUCAGAAGGAUCGAGCAAGUGUAUACCAGAAAUUUUCAAAGGCAAAUUCUGGAAUUUUAUUUUGCACAGAUGUGGCCUGUCGUGGCCUUGACCUCCCACAUGUGAGAUGGAUAGUACAAUACACACCUCCAGGUUCAACCAGCGACUAUGUUCACAGAAUCGGCCGUACAGCCCGUGCUGGCAAGAUGGGACACUCCUUGCUCUUUCUCAUGCCAUCAGAAGUUGAAUAUGUCCCCCAUCUCAACAAAGACAAAAUUGGCCUGGAGGAGCUACACAUGAAGAAAGUACUGGAGAGUUUACUGAGUGUGGUAACAGACCUACGAGGGGUGGACGACCAGAGGGAGCUACCGAGGACAAGUGAAGAAGCAGCAACCUACUUUCAGACAUGUGUUGAAAACUUCAUCAAUGGUAACACUCAGAUGACAGAUUUGGCUGUAAAAGGGUUUCAGUCCUUUGUAAAAGCUUAUGCUACCUACCCAUCUGAGAUGAAGUCUGUAUUCCAUGUGAAGCACCUUCACCUGGGCCACCUGGCUAAAAGCUUUGGUUUGAGAGAGUCACCGUCACAGAUCAAACGCCCGAAUGUGAAGGGUCAUGGUGAUAAAAAGAGACAUCAGGAUAAGUCAAGGUUAAAGUUCAAAAGAACAGCUGUGUCAGAGUUUGGGAGUGGUCUUCAGUCAGAUGCAUUACCGAAGUUCAAGAAAAAUUUAAAAAGAAAGACAAAAAACAAAGGGAAAACAAUAAAUUUUAAGUUUUUACACAAUGCAUUUUCAUCCGGUGCUAGAGACAUGCUGAAUUCCUGGUACUCGAGUGCUGAUCUCUUGGUGGUAGCAGUAAUAAAAUCUGUCAACCCCAUGGGAAUGAAACAGGAAGAUUUUGGUUCAAGAGGAAAAUUCCUAAGUUGA